AUGUCUCUGCUCGGAAAACUACUUUCUGGCAUGCCCACGGGCUCCACCACAUCGCGGCCGAAGAACUCGCUGGAUUCCAAUUUGGAAGACCAAUUUACACACAACCUCCUCUUCCCCGACCCCGAAGCACUUUGUCACAAUGAUCAAGUCUUUCCCCUCUCCUCUGGCACCAUCCUUACGCCAGCGACGAUUACCAACUUCGACAUCAAUGCGGACAUUGACCUCGAGAUGCGCGAUGUGCGAGUAAUCAUCAUGCAGGAAACAACCCCCACUUCAGGCUCAGCAUAUCUUCUCUACGACAGUCAACCACCUUCGUCUCCUUCCUCUGCUUCCGCUACACUCGAACGACAACUCUCAGCUAAUGGCACCGUCCACCCGGCACGUUCGGAGGGUCGUCGCUCCAUUAGUUCACCAAGGAAAGCGAGCGUGGGACAGAAUUCAAGACCCGUGGUGAUACAGCAGGAUGCAACUCCCCCACCACGAACCUAUGGCGCUUUCGAACGUCGUCCGACGCACCAGAAGACUUUCAGUUACACCGAGACGGAUGGCCAACGAUCCGCGAGGGAGUACAGAGAGGAGGUGUCUACAUUUUCAAAUUGUAUUUUCGGCAAUUCUGAGGUUUUGGCCUACAAGGGAACGGGGACCAAGGUCCAUAUUCUGCCAUCAGAUACACGUCCCGUCUUCAACUCGAGCUCGUAUAGUGGGGAUAUGAAUGGGUCUUUGGGAAGAUCAAGUAUGCGUAGCAGUAAACUGGCACAAUCUUUCACUUCGGACAACUUCCCAACAGCUCCGACAUCGGCUGGGUUCAUGAGUCCGAGCACUUCGAGGGGAAAUGAUCGAAAGAAGGUUUUGAUCACGCGUAUGUUUCCUGUACCACUGCCAAUUGAAGAUGUGGAAGACCUCUCACAGCAUACGACACCCACUGCUCACUCUGUCCAGUCAGGUGAUGGUUCGGGCUAUCCAUUUCCAAAAGUUGGGGCCAAAGAACCUGGGUCGGAGAAGAAGUCGCUUCAGCCAAAACAGAAGCGAACCCCUAUGUAUGCGGUCGGACUAAUAGUCCAACUACCAACAAAUCCUGGUGCUCCGUUGAUGCCUACGUCGAGGUCAAGUUUUAAAGGGUCCGGGUCAUACAAUGAGCCAGAUUCAUUUCCCUCGUCCUUCAACUCGACCCGUCGGGCGGGCUGGACUAUGCUCGGCCAUGGCUUCGGUGUUGAGUCAAUGGAUUCAUCCUACUCUAGCGAUUUUGAUGAUCGCAUUGAGCUCAUCACGCAACAUUGGGAUAUUAUCAUGAGAACCUUGUCUCAUCUUCAAGCUGUGGCUACAGCUUCCUUGUUGCCUAUGCUUAGGCAAGCAGAUAUCAGCUCACCAGAUCCUCGGAGUCAUACAUUUCACAACAGAACAUCGUCAGCAAGUGUCUCAAUCGCUGGGAAGCGCAUUGAAGACGUCAAGCCAUUCAAGAUACCCAAGACAAAUGCCAAGCUUGUUCAACUUACCAUGAAUUGUCUGAUGCAAGUCCCGAAAAUUCACAAGGAAGUUGACGCCUCACGUCAGCGAAUUGUGAGCGGUAUCAAAACAAGUCAGGUCGUCACCGGCCAGGGUCGAUGGGGAAUCUGGCGGCAAGAGGCAAGAUUGGUUGGGAAGUGGGCUGGGUCGAAAGAUCAAGGGUUUUUCUUUUUCAACCUUCUCACUGGGUUUCUUGGAAAUCACACAGAAUGGUUGCAAGCUCUGGGUCCAAGCUGGUAUCGUCGUCGCCAUUACCAACAUCAAAGAUCACACAAGGACGAUGACAUAUCAGUCCCAGCGCGCACAAUCAUCGUCUCGGAUAAUAAGUUAAUGGCACGUAGACUUGUUUUCUUGUUAUCGACCUUCUUGCCAGCAAAUCAACAACUCGGCCCCUCCCGCCAUCGCCCUAGCACAUCUGCGUCAUUUGGUGGCUAUUCUCAAUCACCGCCAGCGUAUCCAGUACCUAUUCUAAGAGAAGAGUCAUUGCGUCGCAGGAUCAACAAGCGAUCAAGUAUUGCACGAGGUAGCCAUUCCCGAACCAUGAGUUUCCCGGCACAACCCGUGCAUGCAUCACAAGCGCCACUGGAAACCCAGCGCCAUGAUCGUCGACCUUCAGAUGCAGCAUCUAUCAAAACAGCAAAUCUCCCGAUCCCUGGGAGUGAUAUCGGUACUCGAAAGAGUAGUGCAGCAACCACUUCGACGGCAACCCCUGUCACUACCAUGCCGCAUUUUUCCACGCGACGUCCAAUCCGUGGAACUGGUCCAGAUCCGCGUCCAGGCAGCAGCGGGAGUUUGGCCACGGAUGACUUGCUUCGUUCUCUUAAGCGAGGUGAAAGUAGUGGUCAGUUCAGUAACACGAGCAUGGAGUCUCAGGGACAAAAUUCUCGAUGGGGAAGUAUGAUUAGUGGAUUCUGGAGUAACAAAAGACGAGGAUCUACUGCGGCAACAGAAAUCGAUCCUACGAGUAGAGAUGGCACAGAACAGAGCUCAGGUCAAGGAGAUGAGGAAAACAAGCCAGUGGGUAAAUUGGCAGAGAUGGUCCAGGAGGCGAGUCUCUAUCCUACUAGGACAAAAACUCUGCGCGAUAUGAGAGGAUCGGGGGAUAGUGCAAUUACUGCCAAGCCUACUGAUGGAGUUAUCGACGAGAUUCCAGAGCAGGUUAUCCAUAUCCCUGAGCGGAAACUUGAUCCAUCUGGAGCUUACGAGUCGCCGGUCAAGACGUCAAUUAAUGAGGAUGAUGGUGUUAUUGACAUUGAAGUCCCGCUACCAGAGUAUCUUUCAUUUGAGACGGCAGUCAGCUCGCCGUCGAGUAGCGGGUAUCUGUCAACCCCAGGUUUCGGUAACGGGAUGGAAGGGUUUGAACACUAUUCGCGUUCGGGUGGUGAACAGGACACGGCGAUGAACGUUGGUGGUUGGUUGCCACGAUUUCACCCUGACUUUUCCUUGCAAGCGAUUCCCGCUCAAGAGGAUCUGCUCGAAGAGGUCAAAGCAUCAAUGCGGGAUGAGCCGACACCACUUUUCAGUUCAACUCCACUUCCCGACAAUGGCCGCCCAGACCGUUGGGUUGAUGUCAGUAGUGCUAUCAUUGCGGACACUACCAAUUUCACCAUCAAACGCAUCCGAUACCGAAGGCUAGUGAAACCUAAAGAUCCAGGCCCUAGUGCAGUACAAGCUCCAAUUGACUCGCGUUAUGGUAAUGUUUACUCUGCAGCACAAAUGACACCCUCAUUGAACAUCCCUGACUCCCCUACCGAAGAACGCUUCAUUGAAGAAGCCAUCAUCUCCAUGGACGAAACGCUCAUCCAAGCCGUCGAGAAAAUCAUCGCCCAAUCCAGUCCCACAUCCAACGCGUCUUCUGUCUGCUCCUCCCGAUCCACAUCUCGCAAAGGGGGGAACCGCCAACGAUCAAAUUCCGAUGCCAAAGCUCAUGUUGGUGUUCCGGAACACAAACUCGAGGUACCCAGGAAUGAGUGUAAGAAAAUGGUUCUUGGGGCCUUGGAGGAGAUCGUGAAGGAAGUUGCCGAGAGUAGGAAGGAGGGUGAAGAUGUGGAAUUGGAACGCACGGAGAGCUUUUUGAGGGAAGGGGUGAGGAGUUGGCUUGUUAAUGUUGAGACUUUUGAUUGA